GGAUAGGCUGGGGGGAGGGAGAAGGAGGAGAUUCCCCCCCUCUCUGCUCCUGGAUAGUGAUUGAAUCUGGAAAUCAGUCAGAUGGGUGUGCAGCUAAUCCAGAUUCAGGGAGAAGUUUUCUAAGUAAUCAGGUUCAAAAAGAAGCCGUAACGGAGAUCCAGAAAAGAAGAAUUAAAUCUGUAACAACAGAUUUACAACGUGGCGUUAUUUAUUCAUUGUGCACCGAUCUAAUGCAAACUUUCAGAGAUUUUCAAGUUAUCACAAUAUAAAGUAUAUAGACCGGAAUUAUAGCAACAAAUGAUCUAUUGCAUCAGGGAUUUAAUGGGAAAGAACAGAAAGAAGCUGCAUUCUUAGUUUUUUUUUGUCCUGGAGGUAAUCACAGAGAAUGAAAUCAACAUGCCCAAAUCUGGAUCUGGACUUUUGAUAUUGCUGCGUAAAUAGGAGUCAUGUAAACUGAAGAUGAAUGAAAGAUUAAUUUGAUGGUCUGUUCCAGGACUUGCACAGUCCCCUCGGAUCAACAGAAAUCCACAGAAACUGUUUCUCAUCUAGCUCUUACCACCAGACUACAGUUGUUCUUAGAGAAAAAGGAAUUCACCAAUGUUUGAUAUUUCACAAACAAUUACAAUCUUUUGUUAAAGUGAUGAAGAAGGAACUUGGGUCUGGUAGCAUCAUGCCAGAUUCAACACCACUGUCCCUCUAUCAGGGAGUCAUUUCGGAGCACUUACAGGGACCCCUAUCCAACUUUGUCACCAGAGUACAGAAGUGCAAACAAGGAGUGAGUGUCCUGGAAGAAAGUUUAGAUACUGACCUACAGGUUCUCGGCAGGAUCCGGAAGAGUUUACGAUCCAUCUAUGCAUCAGGUGUCUCUUUUGUGGAUGCUCAAGAGAGUUAUGUGGAAGCUCUGCAGUCUCUAGGCUCUAACCAGCUCUCUUCCAACAACCAUGAACUGACCACUGGUUUCCUGAACUUGUCUGUCCUCUCAAGGGAGUUGGGUGCACUCUUUAGCAACAUGAUACAUAACCUUAAUAGCAUCCUCUCUUUUCCUCUGGAGACAUUACUACGUGGGGACAUAAAAGAUGGGCGGUUGGAACUGAGGAAACAGGCAGACAGGAGCUGGAAGGAAUGUGAGAUAAGAGUGACAAAGAAAGCUCGCUCAGCAGGUGCUCGUGCAGAAUCUGAGAGCACUGAGGACACUGAACGGGAAAGGAAACUAUUUCAGCUUCACUUGUGUGAGUACCUUCUGAAAUUAGGUGAGCUGCAAGUUAAACAAGGUCCAGAUUUCUUGGAGUGCCUUAUAAAAGCUUUUCAUGCUCAGCACAAUUUUUUUCAGGAUGGAUUAAGAGCUACACAGAGUCUACUUCCUUUCAUUGAGAAGUUAUCCUCUUCCCUGCAUAGCAUGCAUCAGACCCAAGACGAAGAGCUCAAACAACUUUCAGAAUUCAGGGAGAACCUGCAAAGACAACUACAGAUAGAAACUAAAGAGGAUGGACUGAACAAAAAGGAUUCUGGCUAUAGUUUACACCAACAUCAAGGAGAUAAACAGCAUGGAACGGAGAAAUCUGGAUUUCUAUAUAAGAAGAGUGAAGGCAUUCGGAAAGUUUGGCAGAAAAGAAAGUGCGGUGUAAAAUAUGGGUACCUAACUAUAUCUCACAGUACGAUUAACCGACCUCCGACUAAAAUUAAAUUACUCACAUGUCAAGUUCGGCCAAAUCCGGAGGAGAAACGCAGCUUCUAUUUAAUCACACAUAAUAGAACAUAUCACUUUCAGGCUGAGGAUGAACCAGAAGCAUUUGUAUGGAUAUCUGUGCUGCAGAAUAGUAAAGAUGAAUCCCUGAAUGCAGCAUUUGGUGUGGACGGAGUGUCAAGCGACAGCUCCAACCAGCUAACAAAGCAGAUCAUUAAUGAAAUCAGGUCCUUACCUGGGAACCAAGUGUGCUGUGAUUGUGGCGCCCCUGAACCCUCCUGGGUCUCCACAAACUUAGGAAUUCUUAUCUGCAUUGAGUGUUCUGGGAUUCACCGUGAUCUAGGAGUGCGCUAUUCACGGGUCCAGUCUUUAACUCUUGAUGUAUUGAGCACUUCAGAACUCUUGCUUGCAGUUUCCAUUGGAAAUAACAAAUUCAAUGAUGUUUUUGAAGCCGUAUUUCCCAUACCAAAUCCUAAGCCCACACCCAGCAGUGACAUGACCGCCAGGAAGGAUUAUAUUACUGCCAAAUACGUGGAGCACAGUUUUGUGGACAGGGUAAAGAACAUUGCUGUGCAGGGACUCAGAGAUGCCAUUCAGAGGCAUGAUCUGAUGGCACUGCUACGGAACAUGGCACAUGGAACCGAUCUAUGCAAACCACUUCCACCUGAAGAAGGCCAGUCUCUCAGUGAGUGUCCACUUUACCUGGCUGUCUGUCUGUGUGAGAGAAACUCGCUCCCAGUGGUGGAUUUCCUCAUCCAGAAUGGGGGAGCUCAGGAAAAGGUUUCAGCAGAUGGACAAACAGCUCUGCAUUAUGCGGUCAAAUAUAACAAACCAGAUUGCAUCCGGCUUCUCCUGAGAGCAAAGGCAUCUGUGAAUACUGUUAACUAUGCAGGAAUAACACCUUUGAUGUUGGCUCAGAAUCUUAAGCAUGUAGAAUGUGAAGAGCUGCUGGAAAAAGCAGGAGAUGGAAGUUUUAACACUGAAUUUGAUUUUGACUGGUUCCACCAAGAUGAGGAAGUAAGCUACAGUGAUGAAGAGGAUGGAGAAAAGCUGAGCCCACUUUCACUCUCCCAGAAUGCUUUGUUGCCUUCUUCAGUCAAGUCCUACCACAGGCAAACCUCACUGGGACUGGACAUCAGCAACAAGACAUAUGAAACAUUUGUUAUGCCUUCAAAAGCAGCACCUAUACAGCGAGUGCUGAGUGAGGAGAUGCCGCCUCCCCUUCCUGCCAAAACACAUAGUCGCAGAGGUCACGAAUUUUCGUCCCACCCUCCCACCUCUCCUAACCGGCCGCUAAGUACAUCAUCAUGCUCUCCUACUGGACAUGAAUGGGAAGGUGUCUGUGAAGCAGGACUCCAGCGUCGGGCGUCUGAGCCCCCUCGCUAUACAGCUGAACAUUCUUCCAGUCAUAGCAGCAUUGAUGGAGUGAGGUCCUAUAGGAGGGUGAGAAAUUCCCAAAAUACGGAAAAUGCAGCACCAGGAAGACCUCCGUUGCUAUGGGCAUCAUCUGCUCCUAGUACCUUGGAGAAUAUCACAGGUGGUAUUUCUAGAGGUAGACCACAUCGUGAGGAUAAUCAACAACAUUCACCUUCCCCGUAGUAAUAUCCUACCAACAAACUUUAUCUUCCAGAACAGAGUAAACAUGGUUUUGCUUUAUCUCUCCUCCGCAUACUACUCAGCCAUUGAAAAAGGAUCAAUACAAUGAUAUCUUCAUACUGUUUUCACCAGACACCAGUUACCAAUACAGUAAUUUUCUAUGCAUUCCUGAUCCAUUCAUAAUGUGCUGAAAAUAAAGCGGUCUGAAAUGCUGAUCAGUAAACUCCUAAAAUGAUGAUUCCUCCUUUGUCAUGCAUUCCGCUCUUAUUUCAAAUGUACAUGGAAAACAGCAAAACGAGGCCUCUGUGCUACAAACCCAUCAUGUGCUUUAAACUCCUGACUGUAAUUCAGUGAAAAUGAAGAACAAUCUUUUACUGGGUUAAUCCGUGGUGCAGUAGGUUUCAGUCUGGUGCCUAGUUUCAGAUUGCCCAUUCAAUCUACCAAGAGAUGCACAGGUGGGACGAAGUGCCCCCACUAGCAAGUUGAAAGAAGGAAACAAAGAAUCAAGGAAGCUAUAACCGAUACUUUUAAUAGUAUACAUUAAUAUGUAUUCCAAAUAUGAUCUUUGUGCUACAAUGUGCAAUAUUGUUAUUUAGACUGCAUUGGACACACUGCUGUCAUUACCUUGUUUGAGACUGCCAUAAUGGAGAACCACAAACACAAAUGACUGUGCCUCAUUGGCAGUGGUGGAGCAUUUCUGCAGGUUUGUGUGCUUUUUACUAUUGGGAAAAAUAUAUAUAUUUGUCUUUAUUAGCCCAAAUGACAAUAAUAUAGUCUGGCAAUAUUAUGAGUAAAUUGUAAAGGAAAAAGCAUUGUAUAGCAUGUGUUUACUACUUAAUAAUUAUGGGACUAUUUAUGCACACAUGCUAAUUAUCCUGUAUUGUAUGUAAUGUGUUUGUCAGUGUAUACUUUAGUCCUGAAUAAUAUGCAAGUGUGAGACUAUAAAUGUUUCAGAGGAAAUUGUCAGACAUGUUUACUCCACACCCAGAAAAAUAUUGCUACAUUAAAAGACACUUCAUUUGUGAACACAGCUGACACCAUUGUCAUAAAAUGUCAGUUUAUGUAGCUGUUAGAUUUCCUGUAGCCUUAUUUUUAUAUUGCAUGUUUUACCUGUACCACUUUAUACAGUAACUUACGUUUGAGCUGGGUUGUCUUUGUUUUUUUAGUAGGAAUCCUAGUUUUAGUGGGACAACAACAUUUUCUUUGAUUGAGUCCCUCACAUUGCUGGCCACUGAUGGGAGACGGUUUCUGACUCUCACUAAUGUCCAUCUCACUGUUACUAUUAGAGUUCACCAGGCAACCAUCAGUGGUUUGCUAGUGAUUGGCAGUCCGAUGUUUUUUCCACCAUCAGUGGAGAUGGUCGUGAUGGUGAUGGCGGCAAUGAUUUUUUUUAUAUUCCUUUACACCAAGUCACAUGACUAUUGUCAUUCGGCUAUGAGAAGGUGGUUGGGUUCACUUUUCCAGGCCCUUUUCACGUCGGUCACAGCUAGUAUUAGGCUUACGGAAGCUUCUUACUGUGUUGCUACAUAAACACUGCAAUUUUAAUUGAUCCAAGCAGUUCUCAUGUCUGAUAGGCAUGCCCAUUACUGGAUCAAACCAUCAAUAGUUUCCUAUCGUAUAUGGAAACCAUUGGUGGGAAUUCCUUUGGUGGACAACCUUAGUUAAUAUGCAGCAGGAGCAUCUCAUGCUUUCUGCAGGGUAUUACACUGGUUAUUCAGAAGCAACUCUGGGUUGGUGCUCAUGGGUUGUAGUAUACAACUGUCAUUUCUCUUUAUGGGGUCUAUUUACUAAGCUUUGGCUGGAGAUAAAGUGGACGGAGAUAAAGUACCAGCUAACCAGAACCUAACUGUCAUUUUUCAAGCACAGCCUGUGACAUGGCAGUUAGGAGCUGGUUGGCUGGUACUUUAUCUCCAUCCACGGCUUAGUAAAUAGACCCCUAAGGGCCUGAUUCAGAGCCGCAUGCAAUGCCAUUGUUCAUGUAGCUGAGUGAUGUAUUGGAAAUGUACAUACAUGAAAAUGCCUAAAUACUCCUAGGACGCAUACAUUACACAGAGUGUUGUUGAGGUCAGUAUCUGAAAUGUUGAGGGAAAGUGAUGGGUGUUACUGGGAGGUAGCUAGAAAUUCACAUAAAAGUAGCCCAUUUAGUGGUGAUGUUAUGGUGCUGGUCGUGUCAGUGAAAGUGGUUGUGUACACAGACACUUGAUUGCUCACAUAGGAGGCCAUAGUCAGCUGGAAGCUACUAUUGUGGAACUGAUAGUGGUGUCUAAGGACGCAACGAUCAGUAUUACUGCGUGAAUGGAUGCCUCUCAUUCAGCCGCAGAGAUUUAUACAAGGAAAGGAUUCUGUAGCACCAUUAAGUGGUAGAUGGGCGGCAGCCAGUAGAUGUUGCUGCAUGCACUACACUUUGAUUUCAUGGUUUUUUUUUUUUCCAUUUUUCUUUAAAGUGUCACUAAUUAUAUUUUGUAAUUGAAAGAGAGGUAAUGAAUUUGUUGUAGUUCUGAUAUUCCUUCAUCUAUCCCUCAUCUAAUCACUAACUUCCAUGUACAUUAAUGUUAGCUAAGCCUAACAAUGGGGCAGAUGUAUUAACCUGGAGA